AGUUAAUAUUUGCUCACAUAUUAGUCUUUUGUUUUACUCGGCUGUUUCAGUUGGAGGAGCUCAGAGCUGCUCACGAUGCAUCGAGCCUCGACCUGGAGCAGAGCCACAGAGACCAGCUGCAGAGUCUUAGACAGCAGCACCAACUUUCACUGGACGAGCUUAUGACUAGCCACACUCAGGAGCUGCAGUCUCUCCUUACAACACUAAAAGACACAGAGACGGUCCUAAAUGAGAAGAUCCAAGAGCUGACUCAAGAGAACAAGGCUCUGAUGGAGAAACUAACAGAGGAAGAAAACAGGAGGGAGAUUUCACAGAAGGACUCCCACACUGUGUAUUUGGAGCAGGACCUGGAGAGCCUCAAAGUCGUGUUGGACAUAAAAAACCAGCAACUUCACCAACAAGAGAAGAAACUCAUGGAGGUCGACAAACUGACGGAGAAAAAUUUGAAGCUGGAAAAGAGUCUGAGGAAAAGCCAACAGGAAAAUGAGGAGUUGAAGGCUCAAAUGGACAGACACGCUGCACUCUCCAGGCAGUUGUCCACAGAACAGGCUCUGCUGCAGGAGUCCCUUCAGAAAGAGUCUGAAGUGAACAAACGUCUGUCCAUGGACAAUGAAGAGCUAAUGUGGAAACUCCACAACGGAGACCUGAUCAGCCCCCGAAAGACCAGCCCCCAUGCCCGCUCCCCCUCCCCCAAUUCAGCCUGCACUCCCCCCGCUCCCCCUCUCUUCUCCAGCCCACCUGUGUUGCCCAGACAUCACAGCACCCCCGCUGCCUGAACUGAGCACCUCAGUCAAUGAAUAAAUAAAUAUAUUUUAGAUUGAAUUGAAAAAUGCACUGGAGCACUUAUGAGACUUUUGCCUUUCACAUCUGAUAUUUGGAUGGGGAAAACUCAGGAGAUGUACUAUAUGUAUUCACUGUUUUUGUUUAUUUAUAGUUCGGUUUAAAAGGAUUGUUCAGUGUUGAUACAUGGAGGUCAGGGGUCAUAAGAGCAGACAGGAGCAAUGACGAGGGCAACAGGUUUUACAAUAAUGUGGAUAGUAGCACUGUCAGUGGGACAGUAAAAUCAACUGAGGAUCUUAGUUACUACUGCUGCUCGUACCACUGCUACUAAUAUUGCCAGUAAUGCUAGUACAGUUAGUACUAAUACUAGAACUGAACUAGAACUUAAUACCACUACUACUACUACUGCUACAUCUACAAAAUCUGCCACUACUACUACAUCAUCUACUAAUAAUACUACUGCUACUACAACUACUUACUUUGCUUUUACUAUUAAUACUACUCAUUCCAGUACUACUUCUACAACAAUCUCUACUUCUCUACUAACAGUAUUAACACUGCUUCUACUACAGCUAUGGUCACUGCUAUUGCUACAUUUAACAUGGCUGCUACUACAUACUAAUACAGCUAUUUUUACUACAAAUACUACUUGUACUAAUACAGCUACUACUAAUACCAUUCCAACCGUACCAUACCAACACUGCUAUUACUACUACAUCAUCUGCGAUUACUACGAACAAUGCUGCUACUACUACCACUCCUACCACUAUCACUACUACUAACAGUACUACUAUUCAGCCCUGUAAAACAUAUUUUGACCAGUAACUCUUUAGAAAACUAAGUUGAAUUUCUCAGUUUUUUUUCCACUUGCCACAAUUCUGCUGCAGUAUCCCGUCUGUAUUUAAUUGAGAUGAGAUUUACACCAGAUGCCCUUCCUAACAUGUACCACUCUUGGGCUUGGGAAGUGUCUAGUCUUGCUCCUGUCUGCUACUUCAAACCAUGUUUACAGCAAUCAUUAAAAUCAUUGUCUAAAAGCCUUUAUUCAAUUUGUCAAACCAAAAAAAUAAGACAAAAUUGGUCCAAAAAUAUUCAAACUGCACCUUCCAUUUUCAAUAUUAUGAGCCUUAAGUUUCUCUACAUCUCAACUGUAACAAAGCCAUACCAUUAUUUCACAUAGUUAGUACAAGAACGCGUUCUAUAUGAGCCAUAAGCCGAUCCCUGGUGGUCCUUAACACUAUAGGAUUUUAUAUUGGUUGUUACAUCUAUGGCUGAAAUAUUUUGUCCGUUAUUCAGUUUUGUUUGUUUCUUUGACCAAGGGACCAAUCACAUAUACUUGUACAUGUUGUGUUUGUGAAAUGGACCUAAUGCAGCUUUAAAGUGGAGGCCUUUUGGAAGUAUUACAGUUCACUUUUGUGUCAGAGUUACAUGUGUGGGGCUUUUACUGGUGUUUGGAAACGUUUGGAAAUAUGCCAUUAAUAAUAAAGUCUUGUAACAAAAAUGUA